AUGGUUUUUCUUCUCCACAGUCUCCCCAUUUUCCUCCCAAAUCCUCUCUCCUGCUGCCGUGUGAAAUUCUCACACGGCACCAUCCCUUCCCCUUCCCCUUCCCUUCCCAUCUCCUCCCUCUCCUCCACACCCACUUUACCGGAAAAAUCCAUUCCCACCAAACACAAAACAGACAAUUUUGGUUCCCCUACAGCAGCAACCCAGGAAAUUAACACGCUUCCGGGUAUGAAAAUACCGGGGAAAGUGUUGUCCUCCUUUGUCCUCCUCCUACUGUUUUGUUCCUCCAAUUACAUUAUUCAGUUAUGUAGCGCCCAGGAUUACGAGUUCAGCCCCGCCGGCGGCGGCCGCGGCGGAGGUGGUGGCGACGAUCCCGAUGCGGCCGCAGCUCCCCCUCCCGCGCAAGACGCUUGCAACGGGAUCUUCGUGACCUACACUUUCACGUCUAGGGAAAAGACGUACCCGCUGGUCAAGAACGCCACCGCACAGGGAUGGGCCUUCAAAUCGCAGCUCCUGGUGCUCAACGCCGGCCGGGAGGAGCUCAAGUCGUGGAAGGUUUACGUGGGGUUUCAGUACAACGAGAUUCUGGUGUCGGCCGACGGCGCCACGGCGGUGGACGUGGAAGAUCUUCCUGCCGUUGUUGGCAAGAACGGGACCAUCCUGGCCGGGUAUCCGAUGACGGACUUGAAAACGGCCAUUGAUACCGCAGGAGACUUCACUCAGAUGCAGGCGACGGUGGGAUUGACGGGAACGCAGUUCGGGUUGAAGAAGGGACAUCCCAUGCCCAAGACCAUUCGCCUGGUUAACGACGGCUACAAGUGCCCCGCACCAACUCGCCACAGCACGACGAUGCACAUCUGCUGCCACAAGGACCCGAAAUACAAGGCCAAAGUCACAAAAACCAAGUUCUUGCCCCGGCAGUACGGCGACCUCUCCAUGACCUACGACAUCCUCAAAGCCUACGCCGGUAACUACCAGGCCCAAGUAACCAUCGACAACCUCCACCCCCUUGGCCGCCUCGACCACUGGAACCUCACCUGGGAAUGGAUGCGCGGCGAGUUCAUCUACGACAUGCGCGGCGCUUUCCCCCACAAGAAGGACUCCUCCGAGUGCAUCUACGGCGCCCAGGGCCAGUACUACCAGGACUUCGACUUCACUUCCGUCGUGAACUGCCAGCGCCGUCCGGUCAUCGCCGAUCUCCCCAAGGAGCUGGCCAACGACGAUAAGGUCGGCAAGCUGCCGUAUUGUUGUCGGAACGGGAGCAUUCUGCCGACCACCAUGAAUGAGACGGAUGCGAGGUCCAUCUUCCAGCUGACGGUUUACAAGAUGCCGCCGGACAUGAACAGGACUGCACUGUAUCCGCCGCAGCGGUGGAAUAUCAACGGCGUCCUUAACCCGAAGUAUAAGUGCGGUCCGCCCAUCCGGGUUGAUCCGACCCAGUUCCCGGACCCAAGCGGGAUCGCCGCCACCACGUCGGCCGUAGCGAGCUGGCAAAUCACCUGCAACAUAACCCGGCCCAAGCCGAAGGAAUCCAGGUGCUGCGUCUCCUUCUCGGCUUACUACGCCGACUCCGUUGUCCCCUGCAACACCUGCGCUUGCGGCUGCGACGACGAGCCGCCCACUUGCGAUCAAAACGCCAGCCCUCUGCCGCUGCCGCCGGAGGCUCUGCUCGUGCCUUUCGCCAACCGGACCACCAAAGCCAAGGCCUGGGCCGCCAUCAAGCACCGAACUGUUCCGAAACGGCUGCCUUGCCCCGAUAACUGCGGCGUUAGCAUCAACUGGCACGUCGACACAGAUUACAAGACUGGCUGGACCGCGAGAAUGACGCUUUUCAACUGGCGGGAAGACCCCUUCGAGGAUUGGUUCGCCGCCAUCCAGAUGAAGAAGGCUUUUCCUGGAUACGAGAAUGUGUAUUCGUUCAACGGAACCAAGAUGGCUGGCGUGAAGAACACCAUCCUCUUCCAGGGCUUGAAGGGCUUGAAUUUCCUGGUUGGGGAAGUGAACGGGACUCAUCCCGACAGCGAUCCGAGAGUCCCCGGGAAGCAGCAAUCGGUGAUUUCAUUCUUGAAGAAGCAUACCCACGGGAUCAACAUCGCAGGAGGCGACGGAUUUCCUUCCAAAGUGAUCUUCAAUGGCGAAGAAUGCGCGCUCCCUAGACAGUUUCCCAAGAGAAGCGGGGUUAGCCGGCCCGGCGCUGGCUUCCUGCCUGCCAUUGUUGUUGCAGUUGUGACCUUCGUGCUCAUGGCAGAUCGCUUCCAGUACUGGUGAUAUAUAUAUAUAUAUAUAUCCUACAGCCGAUCGA